AUGUCUAAAUGUAGAGACAAGAAUAGAAGCUCAGCUCAAACUUUAGAGCCUACUUCUCCCUCAACCUGUAUGGAAGGUCUAAAGGGUAUUGCUAGUGCCCAUUUUGCAGAUCUGAACUUUGCAUUAUCAGAAGUGAGUAAGGAAGAUCAGAAUUCAGUCACUCAGCUUGUCAAUAAGGUAGACAAAGUCUCCUUCAAAGUAGAGUUAGUCAGGACCCCUGAAAUGGAACAGAAAUUGUAGCACCAGAUGAAGAUGAAUAGAAGGGAAGCUAUUGAAGAGAGACAUCAUGCCAAGUCAGGAUACAGGAUAUAUAUGCGCUAUAAGGUUUUAUGGCAGAUUUUUAGAUUCAGUCUCUUUAGCCUCCAUCUUGGUCCUAGAGGUUCGUCUUUCUAGUGAUCUGAUUUUGGUAUAAAAACUAAGCUUGGUAGAUGGAAUUAAGCAACAAGACCUCUUCAAAGAAAAUUAGUUUUAGCGGAGUUUUUAUUUACUUUAAGGCACAGAUUUAACAAUCAAAUAGCCAAACUAGAGCACUCAUACUUUUAUUCGAAUAAUGAGUCAGUAUAGAAUAUUGAAGUCUUUGACAAUAGCUCAUAUAAGGAAUACAGAUGCAUACAAGACUUAGUCUUAAUACUGGUACCUAGACUUCUAAAUAUUAAAAGCUAUCGAAUCUCUCUUUUCAAUGAACUCCGAAAUAUUGUCUGCCUAUGUUAUAUACAACAUGGACUCGAGAGAAUCUUAAGUCUGAGGCCUUCUGUGCUUAUCCUCACCCCAAAACCUAGAUGCAUGAAGCAGGUAGGGGUAAUCUCACUCACCAACCCCAAAGUUGGAAGAGGAGCCAGUGGCUGCUCUAGUGGUGUCGAUUCGAGAACCCCAUAAUGCAGAUACCUGAUAUAGAAACUAAAGACCAUGUGCUGCAUGACCUUGAGAACACUUCUGAGAAGACAGAGAAAAUAUUGAUCCAUUAAUUUGAGUACCUCCGCGGAGUCGAAUGUCGAAGUGAGAAUCCUACUAACAAAGAGAGAUUCAAACACCCCCUCACGUCAAAAGGGUUUCGGCUCGAUGACCCUCGGAUCAGAGAGAUCAUCUAUGUAGUA